AUGGCUGGAGUGCUCAAGAAAUAUGAGCUCGAGGCUAAGCUCAAGGACGAGCACACGCUGAUCCAGCAGGGGAUCCUCCGCGAUGAGAACCCUCUCGAUCUAACGUCAGAUUUCACCAAGUUCCUGGGUGCAUGUAGAAAAGGAGAUCUCAAGACAUGCCAGGAGCUGAUAUCAAACGGUGUGAAUAUCAACGGCAAAGACGCAUUCGACUAUACUCCCCUCAUCAUCGCCAGCCUCUGCGGUCACUUCGAGCUCGUCCAGCUCUUGUUGGAAUCAGGUGCACUUGCGGAGAGGAAUACGUUCCAGGGCGAGAGAGCAGUGUACAAUGCCCUGAACGACCGGAUAAGGAACCUCCUGCUGUCUUAUGACUACUCAAAAUCCACCGACCCGCUGCAGCCUUGGUCGUCGCACAUAACGUCCUUGUUGGCACGACAGAUUCCAAAAACUGCAGAUAUCACGCUGACUUCGGGGCCCGAAACCCUCCAUCUCCACAAGUUCUUACUCUCAGCUCGGACGCCGUAUUUCAGGGCCAAACUGGCGGAUGCCCCGGAGACGACGCAGUGGAAAUUGUCUAGUGCGGUGCCGGUCGAGGCUUUUCGCCUUGUGGCUCAGUACCUUUACCUGGACGAACUGCCCAGGGAAUUGGUUGAUGCCCGUAGCUCAACCUCUGAGGAAGAGGUCUUCAAGGGCAUUGACAAGAUCAGCAAACAGCUCGAGGUCGAGAAGCUCUGGGAGGCGGCCUUGACCCUGGACGACCGGCGAUUGGCGAGGCAAAGGUAUCAGGACGAGAUCCAGAGGGCGCAGGAACAGGUCGAGAGUUUCUUCCAGGAGCAUGUUGUGCGGCACAAGAUGGUGGUGGACACGAAGAAGGUCAACGAGAUCAAGUGGAGGCUGGACAACUCCAUCUUCGCCGACUGCUUACUACGGGCCGAUGACGACGACGGAGACAGUGAGGAUGAAGUCGAAGACGACCAAGAAGCGGCGAUCAUCGGGGCCAACGGCAUCCCAAUUGGGCCUGCAGCCCAAACUACGAACCAGAAAGAGGCAGAGCACAAGCCCAGAAAGUCCACCGUCUUUCCCGUACACAAAGCUAUGUUGAUCAGGUCUCCGUAUUUCGAAACCAUGUUCUCAAGCGAGUUCAUGGAGGCGCAGGAGUCGGAGUAUCUGCACAUCGUCAAGGUGGACUGCACACCCGAGGUUCUGGAGAUCAUCCUGACGUUUAUGUACACGGAGAAGUCCGACUGCCCACUCGACCUCGCCCUGGAACUGCUUUACACAUCAGACAUGCUCCUUAUGGACCGCCUCAAGACCAAAGCGGCACAAGCCAUCAGCACGCUCGGGAGCGCGACAGGCAACAUGCUCGUGGACCGCACCCACGCCGAAGGGCACGACGAGCAGGUCGAGGUCGAACCGAUCAAUGUGUACGACGUGAUCCACGCCGCGUGGGACCUGAGGGUACAGAGGCUGGAGGAGUUCGCGGCGCGGUACCUGGCCUACAGGCUGGAGGACUACAUCGACGAGCCCGAGUUUGCGGACCUCAUCCAGGAGUCCGCGUCGAGGCUUAAGCUGAGGCAGGAGACCGACACGAUCGAGCUGCUGGACGACAUACGGUAUUACCUCUCGGAGCGCUUCCGCCUGAGGUUUGAGGAUGCGGGGCUGGAUGAGAUGCUCGACGAGGAGGGGGAAACCAGGCCCGAGGCUGUGGAGGGGCUGGUCGCUGCCAACGGAGAGGGACGCGAUGGCAUCAAGGACGCAGGUACAACUGGUGUGUCGACUGAUGGGAUCGCCGCUUCUGUUGCCGACGACACGUCUCCGCUCAAAGAAGCUGCUGCUGCUGGUGGUGGUGGUGUCAAGACGUUGGAGGGAGAAGUUGUCGACGAUGAGUUCGACUUAGAUGCGAGGAACUACCAGACCCUCUUGAGAAAGAUCGAUACCAUGCUAGAGAGGCUAAAGCUAGACGCAUGA